AUGUCUGAAUUGGUUGCUCGAACUGGCCGGCAUCAGCAGCGUUACGAGGAUGGCUACCGUCUUAUUGCUGGAUGUAUUCCCUUCAGAUAUAGGAACGUGAAAGAAAAUGGUGAUGGCACGCAUGAGAAUAUGGUUGAAGUUCUAAUGAUCAGCUCAACUGGGGGACCCGGCCUUGUAUUUCCGAAGGGCGGAUGGGAAAAUGAUGAAACAGCUGAGGAGGCAGCAGAAAGAGAAGCCAUGGAAGAGGCUGGCGUUCGAGGAGAUUUAGUGCAUUUUCUGGGUUCCUAUCCUUUCAAGAGCAAAACACUACUGGAUGAGUACAGCCCGGAAGGCUUGUGCAAAGCUGCCAUGUACGGACUGCAUGUGAAGGAGGAGCUCGAGUGCUGGCCCGAAAAAAGCCACCGGGAAAGAAGUUGGCUCACGAUAUCUGAAGCCAUUGGAUGUUGCAGGCAUGCAUGGAUGCGUGAGGCUCUCGAGAAAGGCUUUUCAAGUUGGUUUGCUGAUGGCAUGGCCCACACAUUGUCAACAAAGGGUUUCUCUAAUUCGUCGUCCAAUCAAUUUCUUUGA